AUGCCAAAUAAAGGAGGAAAAAAGUCAGCGGUCCUUUCUCUCCCUUUGGUUAUUCCAAAGAAAUUCCACAUCAGUCAUGCAGCAGAUCUCUGUAAGCAUGACAGAUGGAUGAUUAUACACAAUAUCCCACAACAGCUUUGUUAUUGUGUUCUUCAGAGUGUGUGUGAAGCUAAACAGGCCGUCACAGGACUGCCUUCAUCAUUUCAAAUACCAAAAAUGCCAGGGCAGGACACAGCAGCACGUGCUCACUCUUGUUGCUUCUCACAGGGAAAGAAGCUCUCAGAUGCCUUGAGGAUCAGUGCCUACGUCUUCAGUACAGGCCUGCUCAUGUUCACUGCCUUGGUGAACACUGCUUCUUGGUUUAUGCAGAAUAUAACCUUAGGCAAUUUCUGGCAAACAGCAUGGUUGGAGUUCUACGACCAUGUGGAGGGAGAUGAGUGGACAAUCUUCCUCGUUGGGGCUGCAUUGGUGCCUGCACUUGCUUUCUGGGGCUUCAAUGGAAUCCUUCUGGUGGCUGAUAUAACAGGAAAGCCAACUUUCAUUACUCGCUAUCGCAUUCAGCUGGGCAAGAAUGAUCCUGUGGACAGAAAGAAACUGUGGAAAGCCAUCUACACAGUGCUGGGUAAUCAGUUCUUUGUCUCCUUUCCCAUGCUUGUGCCCAUGUUCUACAUCAUGAAAUGGUGGGAAAACACCUUCAGCAAGGAAUUACCAACCUUCCAAUGGUUUCUUGUGGAGCUAAGCAUUUUUACUGUAGUUGAGGAAAUUCUCUUCUAUUAUACACACAGGCUUGUUCACCACCCAGUGCUGUAUAAGCACAUUCACAAGAAGCACCACGAGUGGACAGCCCCCAUCGGCGUGGUCUCCAUUUAUGCUCACCCAGUAGAGCACAUAGUCUCCAACACUCUGCCUGUCAUGACUGGCCCGCUGAUCAUGGGAUCUCACAUAGUUUCAGUCUCAGCAUGGUUUUCCAUUGCUCUUGUAACAACAAGCAUUUCUCACUGUGGCUACCACCUGCCCCUGCUGCCAUCUCCUGAGUUCCACGACUUCCACCAUCUCAAGUUCAACCAGUGCUACGGAGUGCUGGGAGUGCUGGAUUUUCUGCAUGGCACGGACAGAAUGUUCAGACAGAGCAAAGCCUUCGAGAGACACAAGGUCCUGCUCAGCCUCACACCACUUUCUGAAAGCAUCCCAGAGCCUCCCAAGAAAGAGGAGUGAAGCAGCCCAGCAGCUCUUGCCCAGCCUGGUGAUGAGCAGAGUGAGAGACAAUGAUUUAUGCCAAAUAGUAUUUUAAUCAGGAAACAAAUUCUUGUCCACACAUAACAGAUCAUGAAGCUGAAGUUAAAUAUGCUGCUUUGAAACGACUGCACUUUUGCUGCCAUUGUUUUCUAUACAAGACACUUAUAAAAAAAACUGCUCUAGAAAUCUAUUUUUAAAAUUUACUGGUUUAUCUGUUACUUGCACUGGCUCUUGGUUCCAGCUGCCUGUGUAUGAGCCAGGUGUGUUCUGGGUGACAUGGCUCAGGGUUCUCAUUAUUAAGGUUUUAACAUCAUACUCCACAUGUGAUGGUGUGAUACAAUUAAAACCAACCAGCUUUUGUGACUCAGAGCACCUGGGACACAGGACACAACCCCGUGGAAAAUCAGUGGGGCCUCAGCUUUAGAAACACUCCCCUGCACAUGCAACAAGGGCCUGAGUUCCUGUGAGCAGUUGUUAUGCAUGGGAGGUGAGUACAGGGCUGAACUGGGCAGCCACAGCCUCACCACUGCUCCACAGACAGCUGCACACAAAGGGAGUUUCCUCUCGUGGGACGUGGAAGGAGAGCUGGGAGCUGAUGUGGUUAUGGCAUCACCUCCUCCUGCUGAGCCUCCCCUCGCUCUGAGACACAACCAAAAUUCUGAUAAAUUCCAGAGAUUUUCCAAGGAAAGCAGAGUCCCUGCUGUCCUGAGCUGUGGGGAGAUUAAGGAACCCCUCUAAGAAAGGAGCCAAGAAAGCAGCCCCCAGAACAACAUGCACAUUCCCAAAUACCCACAGACCAUCUGAGACUUACUGUGAAUUCUCUCCAGGAUCUUCCUAAGUCUCAGUCCUGCCUGGGGCCUGGAACAAACACAUGACCUUUCUCCCCAGGGCUAGAGCAGCCCCUCGAGGAACAGGCACACAGGGUUAACCUGUGCUGCACUGACCACUGCUCAGCCCAAUGGCCCACAGCCUUGCCUGUGGAACCAAAGCCACUUCCCCUGCUCCUCUCCAGUCCCCACAACUGCACCAGGAUGAACCCAGCCCAGUUACCUGCCCCCAGUUCCCUGGGGAGGGCAAAAAAAUCCAGGCACCACUGUCUUUUGAACUUUUUAUUUUUAUACAUUUUUUUUUGUAUUAAAAAGGAAAAAGCAUAAUUACCACAAAUUACAAAGGACUAAAGCAUUACUAGAAUAAUGAAUCACAUCAGCCUAGAAAGCAGAUACUCUGAAUAAUAUUAAUGUUAUAAUACAAGCUCUCAUUCAAGUAUUUUACAUUUUUCUCUUUUCCUUUUAUACGUGAUGAUGAUCCUAGCACAUGGGUCAAAGAUUAUGUACUAUCGACAGAGAUGGAUCAUGUACAGCAGGCCGUAUUAACAAGGUUUUCCUCCCGAGUGAUACAUGGUCUGUGAUGAGUCAUUUUAAGUUUGUCUCUACUAUAAAUGCAGCUGAAGAAGGUUGCACACACUCUCUAGUUUUGGGAAGCAGAAGGCUGAGGUUGGACACACAGGGUUUGAGAAGGGCCAGCACAUCGAACCAUCACCCCUUUGGCUCCAGGCGAGCGAGCAGAAAGCUGCACUCGCUGGGGUGCAGCUCAGUGGGUGUCUCUGAGCCACAGAUCCAAAGGUUUCCAAGCCCAGUGGGACCAGGACAGGCUGGGGGGGAAGAUGGGGAGCAGGGCUGCACCAGGGAGGCUGGAGGGACCAAGUGGUGCCAAGCACCCCCUCCCACGAGGGGCACCACUGGCACAAGCCACCCCGGCGCAGGGCUGACACCUGGGGAGAGAGCAGGAGGACAGCGUGAGGAGCUGCAGGGAGCCCAGCACGCUCCACAGGGCCAGCUGGCACCCAGAGCACCCCCUGCUCCUCUGGAGCUUCCCACCAAGGGGAUGUGCUUGUCACAGAUACAUCGGUCCUAUGUUCAAGUGUCUGCAGAAAGUGAAACUGUAAACUACUCCUGGCAAUGCUGCCCUCCAGCCACCCGCUCCACACCACCGAGAUGAACAUUUGCUUAGGAAAAGAAAAAUGAAAAGAAACUCUUUUAUCUGUUACCUGUAUUGGAAUCUUUAAAAAAAGUCAGUGAGGCAUUUAACAUCAAGUGUAACAAUCUUCUCAGGAAGAGCCCAGCAUCCAUUUCAAACAGUGACAAGUGACAUAACCAGCCUCAGAGACAGGAGACAGUAAGCAUUGCAAACACAGCUUGCUACAUUUACAGUUUUCCUUUUUUUUCCUUUUGAUAAAAUAACUGGGAAGGCAUUAACAGCUAGAAGGCCCCCUCUGCACUGCCACGUGGAACGCGGCAGGACACUGAGGUUAAACACAUCAGUUUGUUACAGUACAACAAUCAGUCCCCAGCAGGUGCCAGAACUCAGGGACCCCACGGGCUACAGUGAGAAGGUGCCAUCAGAGGUGCCAGGGGGCAGCAGAAGAGAUGGACAGGCAAAACCAGAGCAGCAUCAUCGUUACUUUUUAAUUGUUUUUCCCAAAUGAGCACGGCAAAGCAACAAAGCCUCCUCAAAAACACACCUUCCACCUCCACUCUGACCCCACACCACAGCUCUGUACCUGUUACAGCCACCUGCUAACAACAAGUUAACCUCGGCAAGGAGGACCUCCCGAGAAGAGGGGCAGGAUGAGGAAUGCUCCCCUGACUCGGCUUCCCUCAGCCUUUCCAGAAGCAGCUGGGGCUCCCCCCAGGCUCUGCCAGUGGCUGGGCACCAGCACCAUGCAGCUCUCGUGAGCUGUGGGACUAUCAGCACUCACAGGAGCACAUGUGCAACCACUCAGUCCUCUAAAAUUCAAAAAAGCACAACACAUGGUGGAGGUGGGGCAUUCAUACUAAAAGCAAGGAUUAACUCCCUCCUCUGCAGAGGGGCCAGAGCUUCCUUAAAUGCAAACCCCUUCUGGACAGCUGUCCCUUCAUCCAGUGGGGACACGAGCCUUGCUGCAGCCACUCGUGACCCAGCUGGGCACAGACCACGCACCCGGGGAGCUCCCUGCCCUCUGCCAGCGCCACCCUGGCACGGAGCAGGAGGGAAGGGUUCUGUGCUCCCUUCCCUGCAGGAACACAGGGGUGAGCCAGCAGCAGCUGCCUCGGGCUGUCACCUCCAUCUUUGCUCUGUCCUGCCCACUGCUGUCCCAUGAACAGCAAAACAAGGCACACGGUCCACAAACCUGGAGGGCACGGGGACCACUGAGAUUGCUCUUCUGACCCACCUUCCCCUGGGUGCACACAGCAGUGUGACAAACCACUAACUUGGCAGAGGGGGAAGGGUUAACACUUCCAUGCCAAGACUAGAGCCUCAGGAUCAGAAAUUAAAAAUUACUUAAAAUCAGUAUUUUGGGAAAUUCUCUGGGAAAUGUCCUACCUCUUCUACAACCCAAGCAAAUCCAUAGUCUGCCCUACAAGCAACAACUCCAUGGCAGCAGCUCACCCCUCCCCAUUUCCUAUGAAUUUGUUGCUGAAACGCAGACAAUCGGCUUCAAGAGAGCCACGCACACACGCCAAUGAAAGGAGCACAGACACAGCAGCAAGGAUCACCUGUGGCACAUCCAGACCUGCCUCCACUUGCAAACAACCAGCAACACAUCUACAAUGUCCUUGAUCGACCCUCCAGCCUCCUCCUCCCCAAAUCUGGGACAAGCCCACCUAUCAAUGCAACCUCAGAGAUCUGACUCCAGCUCACAAGAGGGGAAAUCCAGAGAUAACAGUCACGGCCACAGCACUGUACAAGAGUUACUUUUGCCCAUCUUGCCCAGUUCCCACCCCACAACCCCAGAGCGCUGCUGCCAUAACAGAGACCCACGGCCUCGGAUGGGCUCGCCUGCUGCAGUCAGGCCUGUGAGUGGUACCAGCUGCAGGGUGACAUGGCAGGGCUGGAUGGAGCAGGGCAGGAUCUCACCACCAGGAAACAGCCAAGUAGCAGCUCCCCAGCCUCUCAAAGCCAGCUGUGCUUUCGAUUCUAGCAGCAGUUCAUGAAGCCACUCCACUCGGACCAGCCCACCCGCCCCCAGGAAGGCAGCAUCCUGGAGGCAGUGUCAGUUUGGGAAGGGAUGGCCUCAGCCAGGGCCCACGAGCACCCACAGCCACUGCUGAUGGACAGCCUGGCCGUGCUUCUCCUCUUACUCCUACUCUCAGCUCCUGGCUGCUCUCUCCCACCCACCCUGCAGCUGUACAAGGGACAGCCCUGGAGAGAUGAGACUGAUCCCAGCUAAGAGAGACAGCUCUGGAUCAACUGGAUCCCUUGGGAAACUGCUCAGUACCAGCUUGUGACUGCAGAAAGGGCAACACAACGAGCUGCACCCUUCGAGUGGUGCAUCCACACUGCACACAGGAGCACAGCUCUGGAGCCUGAGCCACAGCCAAGCCUGGUAUCCCAGGGAGCCAGCAGAAGGAGCAUGGUGACAGCAAGGCAAGUGGGUCUGGCUGGAAAGGAACACGACUUUCCAGUGCUAUCUCUGGAGCAUCUCCAGAGGUAGCACUGGUAUCUCCGAGAUCUGACACAUGCCCCUCACAAAGGAUUCAGCUCACAGCCUGGGGAGGGUUUGCCCACCAAAGUCCACCUGGUGCUGGGUGUUAAGGAUGAAUCAAGUAAAUGCCACAGCAGCUCUGCAGUCACCCCCUGCCACAGCUGAGUAAGGAGCUACACGGUGUCAUCUCAGCCCUUGGAAAUGCACAGGGGCUGUGCCCUGAGUGGGAGACUCCAUGCAGGCGCCUGCCACAACACAACACACAAGGAAACCCAGGCAAGAGCUCUCCUGUACCAGGCAGGGCUCCUGCUCACCCCUGCACAAGUCCCACCAGCAGCCCUGAGCCGGUGACUGCUGUGGGACAGCUUUCCCAGGGCUGCCUCACUCCCUGUCAGGUACAGCAGAAGCAGCCCUCGCUCACAGCCAGGACCAGUGCCCCCAGCUGCUGUGACAAGCUCCCUGCUCACUCCCCAACCACGCUGGAAGCACAGACAGGAGCAGAGGCACCUCCUGCCCAGGGAGGGCUGGGGGUGCGAGCAAGGCCAUGACAGAAGAGUCGCUGUGGUGGGGACAAGGCUGCCACGGUACCGACACAGCGGAGCGGCUGCAACACGAGCAGAGUCUGGGAUGCGACUGCCCUCAGCCCCUGCCCCAGGAGACUCGGGCCUGGCAGGGAGGCUCCGUGACAGGGGAGGCAUCCGAGCGAGCUGCGGGGUCGGAGGAAAGGCCGCAGGGAAGAUCAGCUCGGCAGCAAUGCCGUGAGGAGUCUCUGGGCCUGGGGGAGCGCAGUACACCCCAGGGUGCAGGAAGCCAACAAGCCUCCCCAGUCCAGCUCCACCAUAAGGCAACUUUUUUUUUGUGUGUUUUUGGGGUUUUUUUGUUUGUUUUUUUUUUUCUUUUUUUCUUCAGUAAUAUUUCCAAGGAAGAAAGCAAAGGGAGAUGUGUCUUUUUUUAAAGAGUUUUUCUAGUUUUUCUGUUGUUGUUUUAGAGGGGUUUGUGGGUCGUUUUUUUUUUUCCUUUUAUGUCAUUUUUUCCAAGGGAAAAGGAAGAGAAAAGCUCCUUCAGCAAAGUCAUGUCUUUGCAAGCGAUGGGCAUUCCUGGGGCAGUGGGUGCACCGUCCACGCAGGCUCGAGUCCAGGUGCCUGCCAGCCUCCCAACCAGCCAUCCUCGCAGGAAGGAGUCAGAACAAGCCUAUCCUUGGCAAAGGUCCUUUGGUUGACUUCCAAAUUGUCCGUGACAGAAGGGAGAGGUGCACAGAGGGAGAGCCAGACCCUCGGGAAGGUGAAGACGUCGGGGAGAAGGGAGCAGGAGAACGAACAGCGACGCUCCUGUGGCAGAGGCCGGCGUUGGGAGAGGCACCGCGCACGGGGAUCGGCGGACGCCAGCCGGGUCAUGGAGGUCAGAGGCUCCGCAGCAUCGUCACACGCUGUGGCUUCGGUCCCCCACUGGGGAACCUCGCUCCUCCGAGCUUCCUGAGCGGCUGCCCCGCCAUCCGAGGGGGACACACAGGGGACUCGUUGGGGCCACACAGAGCAGACUUGUUUUGGUAAAAUCCAGACGAACUUCUAGCAAUAAUUUAAAACUUGAUAUAUAUAUAUAAUAAUAAAAAAAUCUCCCCUUUCCAACCCAGCCAGAACACAUUUUUUUUUUGAA